UUUUCCGAAGACACUUUUUUGUUCACCGACGAUCGAAGAAGACGGAGAUUAGUUUUCUAUAAAAAUUGUGGGGAUUGACUGGUGGAGGAAGGGACAACGAGCCAUGUUGGUGAACCUUUCUGGCUCACGGUGAACGCACAGUCACUCGUCAAUCAGUUCUUCGGUAACCAUCCACCUUGUCUGAGCGAUCUAAACGCACGUUUUCAUUUUCACUGGGUAUCGACGUGCGGGUGAUUGAAAAAAAAAAAUUCAUUGAUUUGGUCUCGAGGAAUUGUGACACUUGAAUUUUUUUAUCUUUUUCCCCGAGUUAUUACUAUUUUACUGCUUUAUUGGCAUUUGUUUUAUUGGACUUGCGCAAGUACUUGAUGAGACGGUUUAACGAUUAUUGAUUUUGAUCGAUCGGAUAAGGGAUUUAAUCGGUUGCAUCCAAUCGAUUUAUUUUUAUCAUUUCUCUGGUUUCAUUAAUCAGUUUGCGAAUGUUCUUCGGGGAGGGUGGAACGAGCGCUAUGAAGUCCACGCAAGAGUGCUUGCCUGAAGUUCAGGCGAAAGACUUAACGCGAAUGAAUAAUGUCCCUGCACAUGAGGUAUUGCCAACAAUACCAGAGUGGUUUCGGAAUCGAAGUGUUCUCAUUACUGGGGCAACUGGAUUCAUGGGAAAAGUUCUGUUGUGCAAAUUGUUAAUGAGCUGUCCGGAUGUGGAAAAGGUUUAUCUUCUUGUGCGGGAGAAGAAAGGAGUUGAUCCACAGAGUCGACUGUCCUCGCUUGUGCAGCUUGAGCCUUUCAAGGAUCUCCGGGUGAAUCAUCCUGAGAGGCUGAAGAAAUUGACAGUGGUAUCGGGGGAUAUCACAGCAGAGAAUCUCAAUCUUUCGGUGGAGAACAGAGAGCUGUUGACACGAGAGGUGUCAGUUGUCUUCCACAGUGCUGCUAAUGUUAAAUUCGAUGUGCCAUUGAAGAAUGCUAUUCAAAUGAAUACUGCAGGAGUCAAGAAUCUCAUUGCACUAUGCAAACAGAUGCGCAAACUGCAAUCACUGAUCUAUUUAUCGACGGCUUACACCCACUGCGGCGAGAAAAUUUUGGAGGAUCGUCCCUAUCCGAGUCCAAUGAUGCCCGAACAAGCCAUAAGCCUCGUGGAGAUGCUGGACAGUGACAUCCUGGAUGUAAUGACUCCAAAAUUACUCAAAGACAUGCCAAACACUUACGCCUUCAGCAAAGCACUCGCAGAGGACCUGAUUAACAGAUCAAACUUGCCGGCCGGCGUAGCGAGGCCAUCGAUCGUUAUAGCUUCUUGGAAGGAACCAGCACCCGGUUGGGUGGAAAAUCUGAACGGUCCAACUGGUAUAAUGAUCGGAGCAGCAAAAGGGGUCAUACGAAGUGUCCUAUGCGAUGGAAGUCACGUUCUUGAUGCCAUCCCCUGCGACAUCGCUGUCAACGCUGUUAUCGCAUUAGCAUGGAAAGUCGGUCUUGAAUCACCAGCCAAACCGAUUUAUAUGAAUGUCACUGAGAGUGGGGAGAAUCCAUUGACCUGGGGACAAAGCCUGGCGUAUGGCAGAAAACAUGCAUUUGAAAAUCCCUUCUCAGGUAUUCUCUGGUAUCCACGUGGUGGAGUAACAAACAACAAGUACUUUCACAUGCUUUGCGUCUUCUUUCUUCAUCUACUGCCCGCUUAUUUCGUCGAUGCACUGUGUCUUUUAACUGGUAAUAAACCAUUUCUGGUAAGGGUACAGAGCAGAGUCAGCUGGGGGAUGAAACUCGUUUCAUAUUACAUGAUGAAACAGUGGAUUUUCAGAAAUGACAGAAUGAAAGAAUUGAGAGAUCAGUUACUACCGGCGGAUAAAGAAGUUUUCUUCAUGGAUACAAAGGCAUACGACUGGGACGAGUACAUGAAGACGUAUAUUCUGGGGGCUCGAAAGUACAUCCUUAAGGAAGAUCCAGCGACACUCCCCAAGGCCAGAAAAAUCUUCGCUCUCUAUUGGCUCGCAGACAUAGCUGUCAUGUUUCUAGUCUCUGCAGGAGUCCUCUGGUUCCUGUACUCCAAGCUCUUCACAAUUACCUCAACCAGAACACUGAGAAUAGUCAAUGAGUUGUAGUCUUCAUCCACCAAACGACUGAAUUUUAUUCUGUUACUAUUAGGGAUAUCCAAGUCCUUUGGUUAUUUUUUUUUCACCGGUGAACUGCCUGGUUAAUUUUAAAAAACUGAAAUCAGACCCACAAUUUUUUAAACACCGAACAAAAAUUACCAGAAGCAUUUACAAUUUCUGUUGUACAAUUUAAUUGGAAAAUCCGAUAAGAUAAUUGAAUCUAUCGUGUGGUCUCCGCCAAAUUGUAAAAUGUACCUAGUUAUCCUUAAGGGAGUUCUUAAUCGAAGUGAAUUAUAAAUUGAAGUAAUUAUAAAUUCAGCUAAAGGUGGCUGGGAAUAUUUUGAAAUAAUUGAAAAAUGAUUUGAUACAAUAUUUGAUCUCCCAUUUUGAUAGAAUAGAAAAAAAUGUCUGGGAGGUGUUCAUUCUGUCAUGUUUUUUCAUCCCACAAAUAUACGUGAAUUUAGAAAGCAGAAAAACAAAGAUUGCACAAGUGUAUGAAAAUUAUUUUCCAUAUCAAGCCGAUUUACUGAUGGGAAAUUGCGUGGACUUAUUACCAACAUGACAACACAUGAUGAAUGGCUUAAUUUAACAAUUACUGACAGACAAUUCGAAUCUCGCCGACGAAU